UUCGCCAUUGCUCCGAGCGAGAAGACGCACGUGGUCGGCUUUCGCCUGAUGCGGCGCAGGAUUACCACGACCCACGUGUGCGGCACACUGUAGUAGCAGCAGCGAGCAGCUAGCAGCUAGCGGCACGCGGAGAGCACGCGGCAAGCACGGGUCCUUGCAGCAGCAGCAAGCGGCGCUUAAUUAAGAGAUAAUUAACGUCGUGCAGCCUGAGCGCACGGCAUGUCGUGGUUGUUCGGGCUGAAUCGGGGCCAGGCGCCACCGCCUGUGCCGUUGGACACGGGAGCUGGACCCGGUGGUGGUGGUGGUGGAGCCGGGUCUGGCGCUUCGGGGUCAGGAGACGAGGCGCGGCCCAAGGACAAAUGGAGCAACUUCGAUCCCACGGGGCUGGAGCGAGCGGCCAAGGCGGCCCGGGACCUGGACGCCUCCAAACAUGCCAAGGAAGCCUUGGAUCUGGCGCGGAUGCAGGAAAACACGGUGCAGAUGGAAAAUCAGGUCAAGCUCAAGGAAUACGAGGGAGCCAUUGAACAGAUGAAGAGCGACCAGAUAAGGGUGCAGUCAGAGGAGAAACGCAAAACUCUGAUCGAAGAAACCAAGCAAAAUCAGGCGAGAGCUCAGUACCAGGAUCAGCUGGCCCGGCGGAGGUACGAGGACCAGCUGAAACAACAGCAACUCAUGAAUGAGGAGAAUUUAAGAAGACAGGAGGACUCUGUGCAAAAACAGGAGUCCAUGCGGAAAGCCACGAUCGAGCACGAGAUGGAGCUGCGGCACAAGAACGAGAUGCUGCGCAUCGAGGCGGAGGCGCGGGCGCGCGGCAAGGUGGAGCGAGAGAACGCCGACCUCAUCCGCGAGCAGAUCCGCCUGAAGGCAGCGGAGCACCGGCAAACCGUGCUCGACUCCAUCAAGACGGCUGGCGCGGUGUUCGGCGAGGGCUUCCGAGCGUUCGUGUCCGACUGGGACAAGGUGACGGCGGCCGCCGCGGGGCUCACGCUGCUCGCGGUCGGCGUGUACACGGCGCGCAACGCGACCGGCGUGGCGGCGCGCUACGUGGAGGCGCGCCUCGGCAAGCCCUCGCUCGUGCGCGACACCUCCCGCCUCACGCUGCUCGAGGCCGUCAAGCAUCCCAUCAAGGUGGGAAAACGCUUCACGAGCAAGCCGUUGGAUGCGCUGGAGGGAGUGGUGCUGAGCCCCAGGCUGGAGGAGCGAGUGCGAGACAUCGCCAUCGCCACACGGAACACCCGCUCCAACCGGGGCCUCUACCGCAACAUCCUUAUGUACGGGCCUCCCGGCACGGGCAAGACCCUCUUCGCAAAGAAACUUGCAGUGCAUUCUGGGAUGGACUACGCCAUCAUGACGGGCGGGGACGUGGCGCCCAUGGGCCGCGACGGCGUCACCGCCAUGCACAAGGUGUUCGACUGGGCCUCGACCAGCAAGCGUGGGCUUUUGCUGUUUGUUGACGAAGCGGAUGCCUUCCUGAGAAAGAGAUCCACGGAAAGGAUAAGCGAAGAUCUCCGUGCGACUUUGAACGCGUUCCUGUAUCGGACAGGAGAACAGAGCAACAAGUUCAUGCUGGUGCUGGCCAGCAACCAGCCCGAGCAGUUCGACUGGGCCAUCAACGACCGCAUCGACGAGAUCGUCAACUUCGCCCUCCCCGCGCUGGAGGAGAGGGAGCGCCUCGUGCGGCUCUACUUUGACCGCUACGUGCUGGAGCCGGCGACGCAGGGCAAACAGAGGCUCAAGCUGGCGCAGUUCGACUACGGCAAGAAGUGCUCGGAGAUCGCCAAGGUGGCCGAGGGCAUGUCCGGCCGCGAGAUCUCCAAGCUGGGAGUGGCGUGGCAGGCGGCAGCCUAUGCCUCGGAGGACGGCAUCCUCACGGAGGCCAUGGUGGACUCGCGCGUGAGCGAGGCCAUGCGGCAGCAUCGCCAGAAGAUGGAGUGGCUGCGGGCGGAGCGUGCGGGCGCUGGGGCGACCCAGGCGGCAGGGCCCGAGGAGGUCAGCGACAAGAGUCCCAAGGCCAGCGCCCAGAGUCUGUUCCCCAACGGAGGCGAGAAAACGUCGAGCUGAGUAGCUUCAGCUCGGUGGGAGGGGGAACGAGACUGGGGCCACGGUUCGUUGGUUUGAAAAAUCGGUGGAACGCCGGCAAAACCAAAAAAACCUUUGGCCUACGUUGCAGAGCGAACGUGGAAUUUAAGAGGGGAAAGAAAACUCAACAAGGUUUUAGACAAAGCUUGAGGCGAGGUAGCCCUGUAAAUUGAGUUGCCUUUAUGAUAUUGGUAAUCCGAUCUAGCAACGUGACAUUUUACAACAACUUGAGCGAGAGUAUGCGCGCGCGUAUAACGACGGUGCCUCAACGUAGUUUCACGUGUGUGGAUGGGUCAAUGUUCAUGGAACUAGCGAGUGAUUCUUUUUUUUUUUAGAGUUAUCGUCUCAUUCUGCGAAUUAACGGAUAAUAAUUGAAGAAAUGUAUAAUGAGCACUAAAUGGUUAGUGCCACGUAAUUCACUUUUUUCCACUUAUUUAAUUUGAUUGCGUGCACAGUCAGUCCCUGUACCCCGCUUUAAGGUUCUGAUUUUGGCGUGCGCGCGAGAGCCGUAUCCACGCAGCCUUCACGAGAGCGCCAGCGCGUUUUGUGCCUGCUAACGUGUUUACCUCGAGGCCACCGUUCUGGACGCGCCAAUAUUUGGCGCUCGCGCGUAUCUUUCACCGCAUGCAUGUGCGCCGAACUUCUUUCGCGCACCGUACGUAGCGCAACCGUGCUCAUUGGAGGUGCGGGGGAUGGACGGCAAACUAAACACAAGCAGUUGUAAAGAAAUUAGUUUUCAAUCUAGACGAUGUCAAAGUACAUGGCUCCAGUGACUUCCGAAUAUCGGAAGGAAGAGCGUUUUACAUACAGGGGGCAGGAAUCGAGCUCUGAUCACAUGUCUCGCAUUGCCAGACGCGGUGAUUAAAAUUAAAUUGCCAAACUAUUUUUGUUCCAGUACCUUGUCAUUACGAUCGGUGAAAUAAAUUAAGUCUGCAGUACCGCGAAAACGUGUUCUUUUAUGUUUGUUGCAAACAAAACAGUGUUUGUUGUUGCCCGCUGAAAACGAUAGCUGACUGCGUACUUUAAUGAUGAAGUAUGCUCUAGGAAGAUUAGUAAAUACAUGUGUAAAUUGCAUUGCUAAUUAGAAUUUACACCAAACUGCCUGGAAAUGUUAAGUGUUCAUGCUAAAUGGGACCAAGGGGCAAGUGGUAACCCUUGUAUUGAUUGAAAUAUUUAGAAGUAGAUGCAUUCACUGUUGGAAUUGUUCCGGGUGGGAGGAGGUGACUUGUAACUGGGCUGGGAAAAGGGAUCGUGUUCAUGUGUGCACCAACGGUUUGCCGUGAAUCAACGUGUAGGUUUGUGAUGCGCGUCACUUAACCGCCAAUGGUGAAUUAACUUGUGCACAGCCUAAAUCUUCCAUUCUACUCUGUACAGAGCAUCGUGAGCAAGCAGGUCCAUGCUGUUUUAAUAAUAAAAAAGGUCUUUUAAUGAAAA